AUGUUUGAACUAACGUCUAUAAUAAUGAUCAGUUGUUUUGAAUUAAUUUUCAUUGGAAAAUUUUUACCUUAUAUCUGGCGUAUAUUUUUUGAUAAUCAACUAUCAAUUGUAUUGACAAAACUUGAAACAAUUCACGAAAAAUUGUUACGCCUGAAUGUGGUCGGCCCGAUUACAAUAAAAAUGAAUUGGAUUUACAUUAUUGGAAUUAUUUUAAAUGCCAUGGAAGUUAUACUGCAACCCGUUAGGGUGAUGAAUAUGAAACAAAAUAUUAUAAUACAUGAAAUGGUAACAUUAUUAUCUAUAAAUAUUUUAUAA